GAGAGAAUAUGCAGCAGUGGUAGAAGAACAAGACGAAGAAGAAGACGUCAAAGAAGAAAGGGGCUGUGAUUUUCUCCCUAUCUCGCUUUCUUCCUCUAUCUCUUUCUGGCUGAAUUUCUCGACCGGGAGAGAUCGUGGGUUCCCCGAGAAAUCGACUAUUUUCACUGUUCAUCACUCCCUGAGAUUCCGGGUUCGUCUCGUUAACUGCUUAUAUUGGAUCAUGGAUGCCUUUUGGUCAAACUAGUGUGAGUAAUGGGUGCAAUUGCUGGAGAAGAGCUGAAGAAGAUGGAGAAGACACAGGCUCCACCGGGCCAGGAAGAGAAGAUUCUUGUUCUAGUGAGAUUGAGGCCUUUGAACGAGAAAGAGAUCGCUGCUAAUGAAGUUGCAGAUUGGGAAUGUAUCAAUGACACCACCAUAUUAUACAGAAACACAUUGCGUGAGGGUUCAACCUUUCCUUCUGCAUACACAUUCGAUAGAGUGUACCGUGGUGACUGCAUGACAAGGCAAGUUUAUGAGGAAGGAACCAAGGAAAUUGCUCUGUCUGUUGUUGAAGGGAUCAAUUCUAGUAUUUUUGCAUAUGGUCAGACGAGUAGUGGAAAGACAUACACCAUGAAUGGUAUAACUGAGUUUGCUGUGGGUGACAUAUUUGACUACAUUCAUAAGCAUGAAAAAAGAGCAUUUGCUGUGAAGUUUUCGGCUAUUGAGAUCUACAACGAGGUCAUAAGAGAUUUGCUGAGCUCAGAUAAUACCCCGCUGAGGCUGAGAGAUGAUCCUGAGAAAGGGACCAUUGUUGAGAAAACCACGGAGGAAGUUCUGAGAGACUGGAACCAUUUAAAGGACCUUCUCUCUAUCUGUGAAGCGCAGAGAAAGAUUGGUGAAACCUCACUGAAUGAGAGAAGUUCAAGAUCUCAUCAGAUAAUCAGACUGACAGUCGAAAGCUCUGCUCGUGAGUUCUUGGGCAAAGAAAAUUCAACAACCCUUGCAGCCAGUGUAAAUUUUAUCGAUUUAGCUGGGAGUGAGCGAGCAUCACAGGCUAUGUCAGCUGGUGAAAGACUCAAAGAAGGUUGCCAUAUCAAUAGGAGUUUGCUGACUCUAGGGACUGUUAUCCGUAAAUUAAGCAAGGGAAGACACGGGCACAUCAACUACAGAGACUCCAAGCUCACACGCAUUCUGCAGCCGUGCUUGGGAGGCAAUGCCAGAACGGCCAUCGUGUGCACUCUGAGCCCAGCAAGAAGCCAUGUGGAGCAAACAAGAAACACGCUUCUGUUUGCGUGCUGUGCCAAGGAAGUUACAACAAAGGCUCAGAUCAAUGUCGUCAUGUCCGACAAAGCUCUGGUGAAACACCUUCAGCGCGAGCUAGCCAGACUCGAGGGCGAGCUAAGAAACCCCGCCCCAGCUGCCAUGAUCUGUGAUUGUGCAGUGGCGUCGAGGAGGAAAGAUCUUCAGAUACAGAAGAUGGAGAAGCAGAUUGGAGAAUUGACCAAACAGCGGGAUCUUGCUCAAUCUCGGCUUGAAGAUUUCAUGAGAAUGGUCGAAAAUGAGGAAUCAUUAAGGGCCGGAACUCCACGUCUCUAUAGUCAUGUGGACAACAAAUGGGAGGACAGUUCAGUGUCAGAAGUAUCAGGCGUGGUUGAUCCAGACAGGACCAGUUUCAUAUCAGAUGGUACCACGCCUUUGUCAACAGCAAGAGCUCAUGUUCGGUCUCAUUCGGGCGAUGAUCUGGAUGAUGAGGUGUCACCGAUGUCUGUGAGGGAUCCAUCAGAAGAAUACUGCAAAGAAGUUCAGUGCAUCGAGAUUGAAGAGCCAGUCACAGAAAGGAACACCGAGGAUGAAAAUGCAAACCUGGGAGUGGGUCUUGAUGAAAAUGGGUUUAGUUCUGUAAGCUCGAGACAGAGAGGUAGCUGGAGUGGCAGAGAGAAUCACGUCACUGGAAUGAGGACUCCACCUGAUGGAACAGAGAUGGACUAUCUGGGAAGGCCAGAGGGUCACUCAGCAUAUCAAGCUUUUGGGUUCGGUUCUGGUGAGAGAUUGUUGAGGAAUGACUCAAUGUCUUCUCGAGGCAGUGAUUCCACUGAUGUUCACAGCAUCAGAACACCGGUGGGAGAAGAGGGUGGUGGCAUUACCAGUGUCCGCACUUUCGUUGAAGGGUUGAAGGAGAUGGCUAAGCUUCAAGGCGAGGUGGGAGAUCUGCAGAACUCGGGGAAAAUGGGGAAGGACAUUGUGAUGUUAGGAACUCAGACAAACUGGUCAGAGGAAUUUGAGAGACAGAGAAAAGAGAUUAUCGAGCUCUGGCAGAGCUGUCAUGUCUCACUGGUGCACAGAACUUACUUCUUUUUGCUCUUCAAGGGCGAUCAGGCAGAUUCGAUCUACAUUGGAGUCGAGCUGAGAAGACUUUCGUACUUGAAAGAGAGCUUUUCUCAAGGAAACCGAGCCAUUGAAGGAGGAGGUCGGACUCUCACUUUGGCCUCAAGUAUGAAGGAGCUGAAGCGGGAGAGAAGGAUGAUGAAGAAGCUGAUGGGGAAGAGGUUCUCAGAGGAAGAGAGGAAACGUCUGUACGACACGUUUGGAAUAGCGUUGAACUCUAAAGGCAGGAGGAUGCAGCUGGCGAACCGGCUUUGGAGCAACACUAAGGACAUGAACCAUGUGAAGGAGAGCGCUUCGGUCAUAGCCAAGCUCGUGAGGUUCUUGGAAAAUGGCAGUGGCAUCAAGGAAAUGUUCGGUCUGAGCUUCACUCCCCCACCAACUCGGAGAAGAAGCAUGGCCAGCCUUUUCUAACCAAGACCCCGAAGAUCUAUUAUCAUCAUCUCUCAAUAUAAUAACAAUAAUAGGUAGAUAGAUGUACUGUUAUAUCGGUUUUGGAAUAUUCGUGUAUCAGAAUGUAUAAAUCCUUAGGGCUGGUAGUGUUGGGUUCUUUGGAGAUUUUCUUUUGUCCCACGGCUUUCAGUUUGAUACGAUGGGUGGUUGGUUCUUCUGAUGAGUUCUGGGGAGAAGACAAGACAUUGUUCAGGAAUCUUCAGAUGAUGUGUCUCAAGUGUUGUUAAAGCUUGAACUGAUAGAUUCAUUCAGAAGAUCUUGUGAUU